UAAGAUUCACAUGAUGAACCACACUGGAGAGAAACCAUUCACAUGCACUCAGUGUGGGAAGAGUUUCAGCCAAUCAUCAUCCCUUAAUCAACACAUGAGGAUCCACACUGGAGAGAAACCAUUUACUUGCACUCAGUGUGGGAAGAGUUUUAACUGCUCAUCACACCUUAAUCAACACAUGAGGAUCCACACUGGAGAGAAACCAUUCACAUGCACUCAGUGUGGGAAGAGUUUCAGCCAAUUAUCAUCCCUUAAUCUACACACGAUGAGCCACACUGGAGAGAAACCAUUCACAUGCACUCAGUGUGGGAAGAGUUUUAACUGCUCAUCACACCUUAAUCAACACAUGAGGGUCCACACUGGAGAGAAACCAUUCGCAUGCACUCUGUGUGGGAAGAGUUUUAACAGCUCAUCACACCUUCAUCAACACAUGAGGAUCCACACUGGAGAGAAACCAUUCACAUGCACUCGGUGUGGGAAGAGUUUUAACUGCUUAUCACACCUUAAUAAACACAUGAGGAUCCACACUGGAGAAAAACCAUUCACAUGCACUCAGUGUGGGAAGAGUUUCAGCCAAUCAUCACACCUUAAUCAAUACAUGAUGAUCCACACUGGAGAGAAACCAUUCACAUGCACUCAGUGUGGGAAGAGUUUCAGAAAAUCAUCAUCCCUAAAUAAACACAUGAGGAUCCACACUGGAGAGAAACCAUUCACAUGCACUCAGUGUGGGAAGAGUUUCAGCAAAUCAUCACACCUUAAUCAACACAAGAUGAUCCACACCGGAGAGAAACCAUUCACAUGCCCUCAGUGUGGGAAGAGUUUCAGCAAAUCAUCACACCUUAAUCAACACAUGAUGAUCCACACUGGAGAGAAACCCUUCACAUGCACUCAGUGUGGGAAGAGUUUCAUCCACUCAUCACACCUUUAUCACCACAUGAUGAUCCACAUUGGAGAGAAACCAUUCACAUGCAACCAGUGUCGGAAGAGUUUCAGCCAAUUAUCAUCCCUUAAUAAACACAUGAGGAUCCACACUGGAGAGAAACCCUUCACAUGCAACCAGUGUGUGAAGAGUUUCAUCCACUCAUCACACCUUAAUCAACACAUGAUGAUCCACACUGGAGAGAAACCAUUCACAUGCAACCAGUGUGGGAAGAGUUUCAGCCAAUUAUCAUCCCUUAAUAAACACAUGUUGAUCCAUACUGGAGAGAAACCUUUUACAUGCAACCAGUGUGGGAAGAGUUUCAGCUUAUCAUCAACGCUUUAUAGACACAUAAAGAUCCACAUCAGAGAAAAACCAUUCACAUGCACUCAGUGUGGGAAGAGUUUCAGCCAAUCAUCAUACCUUAAUAAACAUACAAAGAUCCACACUGCGAAGAAACCUUUCACGUGCACUCAGUGUGGGAAGAGUUUUAAAUGCUCAUCACACAUUAAUAAACACAUGAGGAUCCACACUGGAGUAAAACCAUUCACUUGCACUCAGUGUGGGAAGAGUUUUAACAGCUCAUCACACCUUAAUCAACACAUAAGGAUCCACACUGGAGAGAAACCAUUUACAUGCACUCAGUGUAUGAAGAGUUUCAUCCAAUUAUCACAUCUUAGUCACCACAUGAGGAUCCAUACUGGAGAGAAACCAUUCACAUGCACUCAGUGUGGGAAUGGUUUUAGCCGAUCAUCACACCUUAAUAAACACAUGAUGAUCCACACCGGAGAGAAACCAUUCACAUGCACUCAGUGUGGGAAGAGUUUUAGCCGAUCAUCACACCUUAAUAAACACAUGAUGAUUCACACUGGAGAGAAACCAUUCACGUGCACUCAGUGUGGGAAGAGAUUUAAAUGCUCAUCACACAUUAAUAAACAUAUGAGGAUCCACACUGGAGUAAAACCAUUCACUUGCACUCAGUGUGGGAAGAAAUUCAGCCAAUUAUCACACCUUGAUCAACACAUAAGGAUCCACACUGGAGAGAAACCAUUUACAUGCACUCAGUGUGGGAAGAGUUUCAGCCAAUUAUCACACCUUAAUCACCACAUGAGGAUCCAUACUGGAGAGAAACCAUUCACAUGCACUCAGUGUGGGAAUGGUUUCAGCCGAUCAUCACACCUUAAUAAACACAUGAUGAUCCACACCGGAGAGAAACCAUACACAUGAACUCAGUGAGAAGAGUUUCAGCCAAUUAUCACACCUUAAUGAACACAUGAAGAUCCACACUGGUGCGAAAGAGUAUAUGUGCUUUGAGUGUGAGAAGACUUUUAUUAGAGCUUCAAAAUUGAGACUGCCCCAGGCGAUUCACAGUGUUAUAAGAGGUUUAAUCAGUUAACACAUUUGAAAACACAAAAGAGGAUGCACACUGGAGAGAAACUGUACAGAUCUGAUCUUUGUCUACAGAGUUUCGUUCAUUCGGCGCAGCUUAAGAAACACAUGGACAAAAAGUUGCAUCUUUAACAUGAAUGCAGCAAAACAUUUUCUCAUGUGCAGAGGAUGUUGCGUUCCUUGCGUUGUAGUGAAUGGUGCCCAUGGAAUUAAUGGUGCCAUUAUUAAUGUGAGACAACAAAAAUACAAACGCAAACCUCUCCUGUAUUCUGACAUUCCAAUUCUUCAGAGCUCAACUAUUUGAAACAGUCAAGAGUAAGAGAAGAGCACGACGUGACCAGAAGAGGACGCACAAGACUCAGGAACGGAGAAGAAGGGAGAUGUUACCUCUCUCUGACCCUUAUCUGUUCUUACCUUCUCCUGACCUCCUUUGAGUGCAAUACAACUUGCGCAGCUGACCCUGAAGACCUGAGACUCUGCUUGCGAAGCAGGGAGGUCUCAUAGUCAUCGUAAAUUAGGGAUGCCUCUCAUUGGAAAUACCUUGUGGAAUGCUUAGUGCCUUAAAAUAUCUAAAAAUUGUGUAUGAGAGUUCUUGUAUGUUGAUUUAUGUUCUAAGAUGUGCCUAUGGGACAGCUAUAAAUUUGUUCACAUAAGACAUGACCUAUACGUUUUGCUGAAUAGUAGAAUUAUUGACUGAGUGGUCAGACCACAUCAUUAGUUGGUCCUUAGUGACUUAUAAUUAGUGUUUUGAUAUAUUGGGUAAAAACCCAGAUGGUGUACGGGUAGUUAUAUGCAGUAUGUCAAGUCCUCACUGAUAUAUGAGGUGUAGUUAUGUGCAUGACCUGAUUUUGGAAGUUUAAAAAGCUGAACCAAACUGACCAGCUUUGUGCUUUCCGACUUCUGUAUACUGAGGUUGGUUGCCCUUUAUCCUCAACUGAGGAUAAAGUAAGGAUUUUGUUUCUGUCAUUUGUCUUUUGUUUAUUCUACUUUUUCACUGGAUUUUACUUUAUUAAUAAAAGUGUUUUUUUAUUACUUA